CAGUCAGUCAGUGGGUGUAACAGGCCUCCAGUUUCCUUAUCUACACUCUGAAUGCAUCGCACUUGGGCAGUGAUGCCAUAACUAGACUGGCCUUUUUCAGUGCCUUGCUAUCUUUGUAUGCUUUUGUCAAAACAAUGUCAGCAAUAGCACCGGAGAGCAAUAAAUAUCAGAUGACACAGCACAGAACACGGUACACUCACAGCCGGCCACUGAAACUGAAGCAGAGGACACGAACAGGAAGCUGAACUUCGUGUGGUUAGCCAAGCAGUUCGCUUUGCACUUGUCUGCAUACAGGAAGCUUUAGUGUCAGUCUGAAAACGGUCGCUUUGUCCAGGGAGCCUUUUUUUUCUGAUCUCACACACAACAAGAAAUUUGUCUCAGGAUGGCCCAGGGAAAGGAGCAAUCCUUCGCCAGCCGUUUAUUUUACAAGUGUCGCAAGAGUAGCCAAGAGCAGAGAGGACAGGAGAGUGAUGUGCCUCUUAUCUCCGAGUUCACCGUCAUGUGGGACAAGUUGAUGAAAGAGUUCUUAGCUAAAGCCAAAGAGGAUUUUUUAAAGAAAUGGGAGUGUCCAGCACAGAGCACAACUGGCCUGGAUGACUUUGAUAGAUUUAAGACUUUGGGCACAGGCUCAUUUGGGCGAGUUAUGCUCGUCAAACAUAAAGGAACAAACCAGUUCUACGCCAUGAAGAUCUUGGACAAACAGAAAGUGGUAAAGUUGAAGCAGAUAGAACACACGCUAAAUGAAAAAAGAAUACUACAGGCCGUCUCCUUCCCCUUCCUUGUCAGAUUGGAGUACGCUUUUAAGGACAACUCAAACCUCUACAUGGUGAUGGAAUAUGUUCCUGGGGGAGAGAUGUUCUCACACCUCAGACGUAUUGGAAGGUUCAGUGAAAACCAUGCAAGAUUUUAUGCAGCUCAGAUAGUACUCACCUUUGAGUACCUUCACUCCUUAGACCUCAUCUACAGAGACUUGAAGCCUGAAAACCUGCUCAUAGAUCAACAUGGGUACAUCCAGGUCACAGACUUUGGUUUUGCCAAAAGAGUAAAAGGCAGAACCUGGACAUUGUGUGGUACUCCUGAGUACCUGGCUCCAGAGAUCAUCCUCAGCAAGGGCUACAACAAAGCUGUGGACUGGUGGGCACUUGGAGUUCUCAUCUAUGAGAUGGCUGCUGGUUAUCCUCCCUUUUUUGCUGAUCAGCCUAUCCAGAUCUAUGAGAAGAUUGUGUCUGGCAAGGUACGAUUCCCCUCUCACUUUAGCUCCGACCUGAAGGACUUGCUGAGAAAUCUGCUUCAGGUCGACCUGACUAAGAGAUUUGGGAACCUGAAGAAUGGCGUGAAUGACAUCAAAAAUCACAAGUGGUUCUCCACAACAGACUGGAUCGCCGUCUACGAGAGAAAGGUCGAAGCGCCCUUCUUGCCCAAGUGCAGAGGACCAGGAGACACGAGCAACUUUGACGACUACGAAGAGGAAGACAUUCGUGUCUCGCAAACAGAAAAGUGUGCGAAAGAGUUUGCUGAGUUCUAGUGAGUGGGCCGGAGUCGCAUCAGGGCUCGUGUGUUUUGGGAUAUUUGCACUCUCCCGAGGGUUAGGGUGGAGCCGAGGCCGUCACAUGUUCAAAACAAACGCCUCAUUCCUUCAUUCCACACGGCUGAAUGAGGUCCUUCUUGCCAUGAUCCUGCGUGCAGUUAGCACUAACCUAUACACAGGCACAUUAUGCAGCCACCACUCGUGCUGCGACACAAAAAUACUAGACCACGUCCUCAUCUUUUUACCUUAUUUCUGUUGUUUUCCGUUUUGCCACUUUUGAUUAUCCUCCCCCCUCCUUAUUUCAAGUCAUAAUUAUUUUUGAAAACGUGAAAACUAAUAUUACUCUCAAUUUACAAGUGGCACAAAGAGUGAUAGAUUGUAUUAGCUGGUAUUGCACAUUUUGUAAUAUAAGCUUUAGGAAAACAGAAGGGAUUAUAUUUGGUUCAAAAUUUCAACAUUGAAAUUUGCCUGUCGUCUGUUACACAGGUGUGUUUUUAAAGGUUCAUUUUAUUAUUCAUUAAUCAUAACCACCUCAACAUCAACCGUUACUAAUCAUUCUGGUGUCAUACCACCUACAACCAUGUAUUUGUGCAUAUAGAAAUAUACAUAUAUGAUUCAUACACUGUUCUGUUAAAGCAUGACCAAAAUUCAAUCAAAGAAAGUUCUGCAAAGAAAACACUGGGGACUUCCUGAGGUUCGGGCAUUUGAUUCUUGAAGAGACUGAUCAACAAUGACAACAAACUUGUCAGUGCUGUAUUAGUUGAUCAGCCGUAGCAUUGUUUUAUCCAUAUCCGGUCACAGGACAUUUCCUUUUUACCUCAGAUUAGGUGUGGUAUUACAUGAAUGGAAUGACAUGAUAUAUAUUUCAGGUACAGAUGUUUCACGGGAAUGAAACUGAUGAAGUUUGGGUAUGAGACUCCACACGACAGGUCAUCUGUCUCUGGUACGUUCAAGAUAUAUGGAGUGCUUCGACAUGGCAUUUUUCAAUAGCUGAAAGGUCAAUAGUUAGAUUUUUCAUUAGGGUUCGUCGUCGAGGACACAAAGCAGUGUUGCUCACAUGGGCAUAUUUUUGUGUUUUGAUUUUGUUUGUAAAAGCGAACUUCGUGUAACUUGCCAUAUUUGAUUUAUUUUAAGUUUUACUCUUGCAUGUUUAUUAAGUUUGUACAGCAGUGUCACAACAAGCUAAUAGUGUCCUGAAAGUGUUCCCAUGUUUUUUGUUGUUCUUCAUUUUGUUACCUUUUUAAGUUGUUUCACAGCCAGGAGACACUGAGCCAUUGGAAAGGUCCUUUUUUUUUUUUUUUAAUGUCAUGUUGUUCUGAAUAAUCCAGUAAAAACAAAACUAUGAUUUAGUUUUGAAAUACGCUCUUACCAGGAAAUAUUAACAUCAAAUAACAACUAUCAUAUCCUUUUAGUGUUUGUGCAUCUUGCUCACUUCACUUGGCUGUAUCAUCUACCUUGUGCAGUUAUAAGCUAACGAUCAAAGGUUUCAGAGCACGUCCAUUUUUGCAGCUGUAUUUUUACAGUAAUUUAAAUUUAUAUGAUUCAAUUUGGCAUUGUUUCUGAAAUUGAAUUGUAGAAGAAGUGAAACAUUUGGAGAUUUUAAAAGCAAGGAAUCAUGGAUUAUCUUUUAAACAAAAUGUCACCUGUCUAACUCAUCCCAAACCAGCUCCACAGAGUUUAUUCUUUAGACUGUGCUGCUCUUCCAUCAUUUGAAGCCUCCGAUUCUUUUCUUCUAAUGAUUUGCGCCAUUAUCUUGCUGUAACCUCUGACCAAUCAAAGUCUGUCUUCCUUUAUAUUUCAUCUUCUUCUCACCACUCUGAUAGCAAUAUACAGCACUACUUCAGCCUCAUUUACGUCCUCUGCUGCAGGGAAGCUGUAGACAAACCUGUUUCCUUGACAGAAAUUCCUGUUUCCUAUGAAAUUGACAGGAUUUCUUUUUACUGUGGGCAGUUUACCAGUUGCCUUUUUACCAUUUAAGUUUAUUCACUGGACUUGAACUGCUGGAAAUGGGGGUGUGUUCUAGAACCUUUGGCCUGUAGUGCUGUAGUGUCAUUGCAUCAUGUUCAAAAAGAAAAAAUUGCACACUGUGAUGGAGCAAUAUUUGCUCACUCUUCCUUGCAAAAUUGCUCAGGCUUCAUCAGUUCAGUUACUGAUCGUUGGUGGACAAAAGCGCUGUAGACUUGUCUCAGAUUUCCAAAGGGAAUAAGGUCAAUAUUCCAAUAUUUUUUCUUAUUGUAAGCCACUCCUGUUACGUUACCGUCUUCACAUAGUUAAUGCAUUCUUUUCCCUUUUUAUUUUUCUAAACUGUGCACCCAUUAAUUCUGACACCUUUCCUGUCCAUGCUACUAAAAUGUUUGUCCCUGCCUCUGCAAACUCCUCACCAGCUUGACAUGUUGUAUUUAAAAUAUCUGUACGUCAAAGGUUCAAUACCUACAAUGCCAAGGUGUCCACUUGUUGAACUUCUAGAUGCUAGAAAAGCUCUGCUCGUGUGAUUCUUUGAUUUCUUUCAGAAGGAAGUUUUGACUCUGCUGUUCUCUGGGGGGUUGAGGUUAUUUCUGCAGGUUGGACGCUCAGGGUUACGGGGUAAUCAAAAACAUUUUUUAAGGUACCUCCAUCUUGUGGGAAACAAUAAUGCAUCGUCAACCGUGUUUCAAAUUUUAAGUCUUCAGAGGUUUUGACCAUUAUUUGAUGUGGUGCUUGAGUCUUUGUAGAUGAAGAGAAAUGCAAUUUAAUCAAGUUCAACAAUCUUGGAGAACCAAAUGUGAAAAGGGACAGAACGAUUUUCCCAGGUACCUAUGUACUGUUUAUGGCCUGAAUUUCUAUUAAAUUUUUUUUCAUAGAUCGAGCACAUGAUGUGACAUUUUAUGUAGCUCUGAUUUUAAUUUCAAAAGGCACAACUCUUUCUUAUAUUUUUAUUUAUAUUUAGAGAUGUCUAAUGAAAUAACAUUUUAAAUGUUUAAACUUGCAUAGUUCUCAGUAGACAAGGAGACUCCAAAUGUUUGAUUCACAAAAAUGUUACAAACAAUGAAAAUAUUGGAUUAUUUAUUUGUACAACUUUUUUUUUCAUUUUCCCUAUAAAGUUUAUAGAAGAAACAUACUCACAAAAGUAAAUGCACACCGAUGCCUCUCAUGCCUCUUUCAAAUUAUAAACUUUUAAUUUAACUUUUGUUUCAAUGUUUGUUACUUCACCUUUUUCGGUUUAUUACUUAUGAACUCAGUUUUCAUUAAACCGGAUGCAACAUUAUUUCCCUAGUUUAAAGGUUGAGCAGAAUGUAAUUGCAGAAUCAUUGGCAGUUCUUUCCUUUUCUUUUUCUUUGGACCUACUUGGAAAACUAUAUCUGGGAAUUCAGCAUGUUUCAGUCCAAACUGCCUGUGUGUUAAUCAUCCCAGAGAGUGAGUAUAGGAAACCCACAGCUCUUUUCUUCCGUGUCAUUUCUCCCCAUGUGUGUGAUAACGUCAUAUUUGAUGUAAAUGAUGGCACUUUCUUCCCUGAGCCACUUCACACUCCUCCAGUUGUUUUUGAAGGGAAACCAGUUCAUGAGCUCUCCGUCUAGCUGUAUCCACACAUGCCGGUGCGGUGUGGGAUCAUCUGAAAUGUGUCUGUAUUUAGUUUGUGGAAAUAUUUUGCACAUCAUUUACAAGGCUGACACGUUUUUUGUUUUUUGUUUGAUUUUCCCACCCAUAUUUACUUGUGUUUGCAAGGGGAGUAUACUUUGCUGUAGCAGACUUUAUGUAACAGAGGAUAUGUCACUAUAAUAAAUUCUUUUUAUUAAAAAAAAAAAAGUGAUAAA